AUGAAACCCCCAGGAAGAAUACUCGUGCUAACUCGCUUUCAGUUUGGCCAGACUGAGGCCCUCGAAACGACCGUCCUGGCUAGCAUCCCAUUCGCCCAGUGGGAUGACACUACUAAGAAGAUAUUCAAAGGGGCCUCGGAUGAUGGAUGCCUUAUCGUCACCAGUUCCACGAUUUUCUAUGCUAAAGGGGGCGGUCAACCAAGCGAUACUGGCACCAUGACCUCUCUCGACCAGACUUCAACCUUCACCGUCACCUCUGUCCAGAAGCUCCCGUCCGGAACAAUCAUGCAUCUCGGGACAUACUCCGGCAACCCCUUCCAGGAAAAGAUGCUCGUGGCCCAGAAGAUCAACAAGGACGCGCGAAAGCUACAUUCGCAAAUUCAUGACGCCGGCCACAUUCUCGCCUUAGCUGUCCGAAGACUGGGGAUACCAGAUUUGCGAGAGGUCAAAGCACAGCACUACCCCGACGUUGCAUUUGUCGAGUUCCAAGGCAUCAUCGGGGGUGACAAGAAGGAGGAGAUUGAGCGAAUCGCCAAUGAGAUAGUCGGUCAUGACCGCUCGAUCGCCGUUCGUUGGUGGUCACCAGAGGAACUCAAGGCCAAGUCCUGGACAAUGCCGGAGGAUAUUGGCGAUGGGAAUGACCUGAUUAGAGCUGUGGAAAUCGAGGGCGAAGGUGCCUACAUGUGCGGGGGAACACACGUGAAGAGUACGGCGUUGGUAGGGAAGUUGAAGGUAAGAAAGAUAAAGAGGCAGCAAGGAAUAACAAAAAUCUCUUAUGAGAUGGUGUAG